AUGAUUUUUACUUCCGGCUGUCGCAAGGUGUCCAAGUCCGAGUCUGAGCCCACCGCCGGCGGGGCGUCGAAGCGGAGCAAGAGUCUCGGCGCGGUGGCAGGCAGCUCAGCAUCGCAGUCGGAGCCGCAGUCGCAGCCGCAGCCGCAGCCGCAGCCGCAAUCGCAGUCGCAGCCUCGAGAGCUCGAGGCAAGCAUGCUCGAUGAUUUUAUUCUGCGCAAGAUCGUGAAGGAGAACCACGGCAGCGAGGUUGUUGGUCUCGAGUUCAACCGGGUCCAGGCCGAUGCGAGCAACAUGGUGGCCACCGUGGGCGCCAACCAGCUCAAUGUGUACGAUAACGAGCACAUCGGCGACCAUCUCGACAUUGUUUCGCAGUACAUGGCGCCUGACACCGAGGACUCAAUCUUGUGUAUGGCAUGGGCGGAUGCUCCGGUCGACUCUCUGCUGGUCGUCGGCAACUCGGCCGGCCGGGUUCAGGUGAUCUCCCUCGUCAACUCGGUGGUCAUCGCCGAGGCCACCGUCCACAGCGCGGCGGUCACUGCGCUCCAUGUUCCGCUCACUACAUCCGACCACAUGCUCAUUACGGCCUCGCGCGCCGAGGGCGUCGUCAAGGCCUGGUCGCUACCGGAUCUGACGCCGCUGGCGUCGCUCGCCUCUGCUGCCGGCUGCAUCACCUCGGCCGCGCCUGCGCCGCACUGGGCGGCGGCGCGGACGGCGGCAGAAGAGCCCGCGUCGGACGUCACGCUCGUUGUCGGCACGCUUGGCGGCGACAUCGAGGUCUGGGACGUGCCGACCGAUGGCAGUGGGCGCGAGCCAGUCGCUCGCGGCUCGCUGGUCCGCAGCGAGCUGCCUGCCCGCCAGCACCUGGCGCCCAUCGACUGUGUCCGCGUCAUCUCGACAACAGCGCUUGUCUCAAAGUCGACCGACGGCCGGCUGGUGGUGUGGCAAAAGGGCGAGGCCGCUGCCCUCGAGACCGCCGUCGCCAAGUGUGCGCUCGCUGUCGAGCCACCCACGCCGCAGGCUGGCCCCAUCUUUACCUCGUUUGACGUCUCGGCCAACGGCAAGUAUCUGGCGGUUGGCUCGGCCAAGACGGUCCAGCUCAUCUCGACCGAGACCUGGUCAGUCGACAAGGUGUUGGAGCACCAUCGGGUGCGGACCGAGGUCUACACCGCCCGCUUCACCAAGACCGGGAGCUCGAUCAUCUUUUCCGGCUCGGACGCUUUCAUUUGGCGCUUUGACUACUUUCCGCCCGAGACCGCUGACGAGAAGGCCGUGCGCGAGGCGCGCGAGGCACGGCAGUCCAAGAUCCAGUUCCGUGACAGCUAA